AAUAAUAGUCUACUACGACCUAGAGCAGUUAGCUGAUCUACCAGCCAGAAUAGACUCUAGAUUUAACAUUUAGUUUCGCCCAGUAAUAAUUCAAAGAAUAAGUUUAAUCAACAAAAAAAUACAAUGUGGAAAUAUUGCGGUCAUUUAACAGGUAUUUUGGGGUUCAUAGGAAUAGUAAUUGGCGGAGCUACUCUUAUUGGUUAUGAUACUCUCUACAAUUCACUUCUUAUCAAGUUUAUGGUUGUCGCUCCUGGGUCAAUGAGUUAUGAGAUGUGGUCUGAGCUACCCAUGCCCAUGUACAUGAAGGUGUACUACUUCAACUGUACAAACCACAUCGAUGUUCAAGUAAAUGGCGCAAAACCACUGCUGAAACAACUUGGUCCGUAUGUUUUUCUGGAGAAGCACGAGAAAGUUAACAUUUCUUUCAAUGCUGAUACAACAGUUGAUUUUUACCAGAUUAAAACCUGGUUCUUCCAAGAAGAUUUGUCCAAUGGAACUCUUGAUGAUGAAAUAUAUACGCUGAACGUGAUCGCUCUCUCAGCAGCAGAAUCAACAAGAUGGCCAAACAGUUUAGCGGAGAAUGAUUAUCCUUUCCUUAGGAUGUCAAUGGACGGUGUUUUCCAAUACACUGAACAGGAACUCUUCUUGAAGACAAACAUCAGAAAUAUAACCUUCGAUGGUAUAGAGAGUGAGCUGCUAACUAUGCUAGAUGGAACUCCUAUGGAGGGAGCUAUACAGAUGCCCUUCGACAAGUUCGGUUGGUUCUACGGGAGAAAUGGAUCUGCAGAGUACGAUGGACUUUUCCAAAUGUGGACUGGUGAAGGAGAUUUACAAAAGGUUGGACAGAUUACUGCCUGGAAGAAUGAAUCUGAUCUAUCUACAUUGUAUCCUAGUCCCUGUAGUGAACUCACAGGAAGCGCUGGAGAAUUCUUCCCGCCAAACAGGGAUAAGACAUCUGUUUCUUACUUUACUCCUGAUCUGUGCCGAACCAUCUUCUUCAACUUCCAGGAUGAAACUGAUGUAAACGGAAUCUCAGGGUAUAAAUAUGUACUGGAUUCAGGGUUUGUAGGCAAUGGAACUUACAACACUUCCAACACCUGCUACAACCCUCACCCUGACCUACUACAACAACCUAAGGGUAUGUCAGGAGAGGAUAUUGAUGAUAUCCAUCCUAUCCUUGAUCUAGUGAAUAUAGGAUUAUACAACGGUCUUCUGAACGCAUCAGCUUGUAAGUUUAAUGCACCAGCUUACGUUUCCUUCCCUCACUUCUACCUGGCAGAUCCGGAGCUACUGGAACCAUUCCACCCAGAUUCAGAUCUGUGGCCUAACCAGAAGCAGCACGAAUCCUACAUCUCCCUGAUGCCAGCUCCGGGUAUACCCCUGGAUGUUGCAAUCAGGAUGCAGAUCAACUUCCUAACCAGACCCCUGGAGUAUAUAACCCUGCUGCAGGAUGUACCGACGAUGAAUUAUCCGAUGAUCUGGUUUGAAACUACAACCGUUCUUACAGAUGAUAUCAUUGCUCAGCUGCAGUUGCUAGAGAUUGCUACAAAGAUGGGAAAUAUAUUUGGAGGGAUCAGUGUUGGUGUAGGAGCAGUGCUCGGGGCUCUUGGUUUAAUUCUUUUCAGGAAAAGGAGCUCGUCACAAUAUGUGUAAACCUUCCCAUUCUGUGUAAACCUUCACAAUAUGUUUAAACCUUCACAAUAUGUGUAAACAUUCACAAUAUGUGCAUAUCUUCACAAUUUAAUAGUCCCUGGAAUCUCAAUAUGUUUUGCAUAUUUGCAGGCUUAAGAAAUUUGUAAAUUAAAUCUAAUUGUAAAUAAUAUUAAAUAUAUCAUACAAAGU